AUGGCAGACACAUUGCUUGCCAUUUUGCUCAUGACGACCUCCGCAAAGGAGGCGAAUCCCGUGUAUCAAUUGAGCCAUCCAUAUCCAGAGAAUACUUCGUCACUCAUUCAGUUCGAUAAUGUAUGGAGAGCUUCCAACUACAGUGAUGCUGUGGAGCCUUCGGACCUUCGACUCCGUGCGCAAAUCAACGAAUCCGAAUACGCAUGGAAACGUACCCAAUUCGUGCGCGACAGGUCGACUUCCUUGACCCGUUCAUCAUAUCAUCCUCUUUCCGGAAAGAACUUGCCAACCCAAGAUCUAGAUUCUACAUCCGCCAAGGAUGAAUACAACGCCCUCUUCGGAUGCUCGUCGUCUAUGUGCUACCAGAAAUGUGAAUUACUUGUCGACGAUCUCGCUUUUGUCGGGCACCCUGUCUGCGAUGACGCGGAUGGUGAAUGGCACUUCAAACCCGAGAGUCCUGCCAGAGGGAGGGAGACGAGAAAGAUUGUGUACGAACAGAUCGUUUUCACGAUGACUGCCGUCCUUUUUCAAGAACAAGUCCUACAAAAUUUCUUCGAGGAAGAAUGUGACAAACUGGGUUCGCUCAAGGACAGCUGCAUGGCAAAAAGAGAACCAUUCUCAAACUUUAUGACCCAGGCUUUAGAAGUUUCAUCUAUAGCGCCGGCCAUGAAAACGCUUUAUGAACCUGUAAAAUUGUCUUCGGUGGCCUACGUCGCAAUCAAUAAUAUUCCUCUGGAGCUGCAGCUUCCGCCAUUCCUGGAUCGAAUCCUCUAUACUGAAGAUGACGAUCUCCAUCAGUCCGAGGGCGAAGAAUGGCAGGGUUGGGGACCUGAAAUGGCUUUUGGCUGGAAACUUCCGGCGUUGGCACCUUGGAAAAGUUUGCUGUUGUUGGAUGACUCCCUGAACCUCAGAACACCUCACAUCGACGGCAACGAUCACAACUUGAUUGAAGGCCUCGUAAAAUUUAUGGAGAUUGCUGCGAUUACACUUUCACUUGCCGACAUGGGUUCUCUGUUAGACUGGGACCUGGAGGCGCAGUUGUUCCCGACCGUUCGCUGGCUCGUCCAACAUCGGCGAGCGAAGGUUGUCGACAUUGUACACACCGGAUUGAAGACUUUGUUCAUUCUUCCCCCGAAAUUCCCGGCACCUAUAUCGCAACUGUCGGAGGAAUUCGAGAGAGAAUUUGUCCAACAACCAGUUUCUUCUCUUCCAGAAAUACUCUCUGCGAUAUCGACCUCAUCUGGUACCCAAUUCUUCGACGUCGUUGUCCAGUCCAAGGCCUUCACACCAUCGUAUCAAAGCGUAAUCUCACGGAUGCUCAAAUGCGACCUGCUCGUCGCUCUCCACCUCCGCGUACGCAUACUCGCCACCAAGGAGCUCAAAUUACGCGUCAAGCAUCGCAUUGAGAAAGCCCGGGCGGAGGAGGCCAACAGAAGCCUGAGCAAGCUCUCCCGGGAAGCCGACGCCGACACGGACUACUCGUCUCCUAUUGCACCGGGAAUGAUGUGGCUCUCUUUAUCGCCGAAGGCUGCCCACGCGUAUUCACGACACCGUCCAUCUCCUGAAUCUGAGAGGGGCCAAGUGGAUGCUGACGACCAAGAGGAAUUCGAGGAGGAGGAACAGGAGUGGGAUUCUGGAUGGGACACGAAUGACGAUCAUUUGACGUCGUCCAUAAUCAAGGACUCCAGUCGUACGACACCUCUGCAGCGACAGUGGCUCUCAGCUAUGUCGGAGGGCAAGGACGCGCAGAUCGCUAAGCGAUUUGAUCACAUCAAUCAGUAUUUUGACGGGAAGCGUACGGAUGAUGAGAUCUUGUAUCGCACUGAAAUAUCACGCAAGCAGCUUCGUCAACUGCUCCACCAUUAUGGCGAACAGCCGAAGACUGACCACCUACCCAGCUUCAAACUUUCUUACACCCAUCAUAAUAUCGCCAGGAUUAUAUACCUACAGUAUCAAUGUCUUUUAUAUCUGUACACGAGUUAUGAACAUACAACAGUUACCCCCCUAUACACAUAAUACAACAAUCAA